AUUCUGAAAGAUCCUCCCAGCGAAGCUAACAGUAUACAGUCUGCAAAUGCUACAACAAAGACCAGUGAAACAAAUCACACCUCAAGGCCCCGGCUGAAAAACGUGGACAGGAGCACUGCACAGCAGUUGGCAGUAACGGUGGGCAACGUCACCGUCAUUAUCACAGACUUUAAGGAAAAGACUCGCUCCUCCUCCACAUCCUCAUCCACAGUGACCUCCAGUGCAGGGUCAGAACAGCAGAACCAGAGCAGCUCGGGGUCAGAGAGCACAGACAAGGGCUCUUCUCGUUCCUCUACGCCAAAGGGCGACAUGUCAGCAGUGAAUGACGAAUCGUUCUGAAAUUGCACAUGGAAUUGUGAAAACUAUGAAUCAGGGUAUGAAAUUCGAAUCCUCCACCUGCCCAUGCUGCUUGCUGCCCU